AUGCCAUCCAGCCUAGACGAAGUGAAAGAGGCGUUGAAGGCCAUCUCAUUGGGCCAGACGCAGCUGAUGUCUGCCGUUGAAACCGUGUCGCGACAUGUAGCUGAGCUGGAGAAAUCCCAGGAUGAAGGCCGCCAACGCUCGGGUGUGGCAGGGACAGACGGGGUCAAACGGACGGUAACGCCCCUGGCUGGCGGCAUCACCCCUUCACCCUCGGCGACGUUGCCGGCCGAAGCGGGCACCCAGACGCCUCCGGUUGUUCCGCAAUCACCGGAACUCAAGUCUGCCUUCUCCUCCCGUGUCGUGCUCACCACAUAUCCCAAGCAGAUCGGCAUCAAGCCGUUGCCGUUGGAGUGGGGUGCCGCAGAUCCGCUGCAGCGUGGCCCCGUCACUGUGUCCCGGGUACCAUCAACCAUCGGGAAACGGAAUGCCAUCGGCGCUCACGGCGGCUCGUACUCUAUCUACUACGCCUUGGCCGUGGCUAGCAGAGAACUCAAAUCCGACCACAGGCCAGACUUUACCAAUACCGAGCCUGCCGUGAACAUCGGUCCCUUCCCACAAUGGGGCGAUGAGAAGAAGAUUGUGGCCAUGGACCCCUGGGGCCAUUUGGCUAACGAUGUGAUAGUGGAUCUUCGACCGACCAUUGCUAUCACCAAGGCGCACAUGAAGUUGCCCGAACUCGAGGAGAGUGUGAAGAGCGGGCGGUUGGUUCCUGACGGCAAAGUGUGCCUCAACAACCUUGGCGAGCUCAGUGUAACUAAGUUCGCCGUUGAGCCGGUUUGGUAUCUCCCGGGAGUUGCGGAACGGUUCGGUAUCGAUGAGGGCACCCUGCGGAGGUCGCUCUUCGAGCACACCGGUGGCAUGUAUCCAGAGGUAACUGCCGCAUCAACGUCAGGAUUUUUUUCAAGCGGCCUCACGGUAUACUGCUUUGGAGAUCCGGCGAACAUGUCCGACCCCUCCAAGAAGCUCGCCUUGCGCAUCCACGACGAGUUGCUGCUUCAGAAACUCACGCGAACGCAGUACCUCGUGUACAACGCUCGCAAGCGCGGGGAAGAUCGCGCAUCGGAUUACUUCAAGCGGACCGAGAACAUCGCGGGGGUCAAGGAUAUGCGCUUCCAGGCUCUGAUGCCUGAUAUCCUGCACUGGCUGGGCAUCACCAAGAUUGAUAGGAUGCUCAGCAUGAGCAACAGCUCCGAGACCGGUAACGCUGACGGUCCAUCCCACAGUAUCCCCAUUCACGAGCGAGUCGAGCUUCCCGAGUCGUGGAUCCCCGCAGACUCGAGGGUUGAGAUCGAUGCCAAGAUCAACGCCGGUUUGUUGCAGUGCUUCCGUCCCGUUUCGGCCUCAUUUCUGACUCAAGUGUUCCCCGCAGGGUAUUUCACGACCGGCCACCGAAUGACAGAGGAGGAGCUCAAGUCGGUGCAGGGCCGGAUAUGGGAGGAGUAA